ACCGAAAAAAAAAUGUGACUGUUGUCACAUGAUCGAAAUCACCCGACUGUCUUGUGACUUGUCCUUUAUGUCUGACAACAACAGUAACAACAGUAGCGCGACCGCAUUAUCCAACGCGCUCACGCAAAUCUAUCGUCUGAAAGAUGUUUCUUCUGAAGCUGUUUUUCGUGGCUCUUGCUUUGAUGAGUUGUUCUGGCAGUCUUUCUGAACCGUGGGAAGAAGUAGAAGAAGAUGCCGAUAAAGAGGAAGCAGUGAUCAAUUAUGUGACGGGAUCGAUCUGGCCUAAGCCUCAAUCUUACAAAGCAACCGGCAAGGUCUACACGCUUACAUCGAAUAAUUUUUCUUUCGAUUCAGCGGGUGAAACCAGUGAUGUACUGAAACAAGCGUUAAUGCGCUACAAGGUUUUGGUUUUUCCAGAUGCAGUUGAAAAACCGAAAGACGGGUUGUCGCAAAUUAUUAAACUGACCGUAAAGGUGUUGGACAAAUACGCUCCGCUCUCACUAGAGUCUGAUGAGUCCUGUAAGUGUAAGAUCAUCGAUAGAUCUGUCUUUCAUUUCAAAAUUGUCUCUUUAAAGCUAUCCUUUUUUUUUUUUAUUUUUCGUCUUCGAUGAUGUCUUGGCCCUCGAGCUGCAGAUGUGUAAGAAGGCACAUAAAUAAUUGGAACAUUACAUAAUUCGAAGUAAGGAGGGGGCGGGGUUGAACCGGGAAGGGAGGUGGUUACCCAAGAAAAAUAGGGGAAUUUGUAGAAUGACUCUUAAAACCACUAUUGUAUUUUAGACCAGAACAGGUGACUUUGCCGUAUCCUAAUUUAUUAGUAAGAUCUGAAUUAUAAUGAAAUUUUUGUGUUCUCAUGAAGCACACCUAAUUCCAGCAGAUAAUGGCUCCAAAGGAUGUACAAACCUUACUUGAUUUCAGACCGAGAUAGAUGAAUCAACACCAUGGCCUUAACGAGGCAGAGCCCCCUGAGGGAGGGGGAAAGGGAAGAUUCAGUGUCUGGUUUGAGAGAAGUGUUGAUUGAGUGUUUAUUUUCCAAUUAAGAUAUCCUGGUUGUUGAUGCACCCACUACUUCUUUGACUGCCAACACAGUGUGGGGUGCAUUACGAGGUAUACAUAUUUUUUAUUUAUAAGUAACAAAAAGAUUCCAUGAGUCUGUGCAUGUGUUCAGUAAUAUAUCACAGAUGAUGUCAAAAUGUAGUAAAAACAAUUAAAGUGGAAACAUGAGGCAUGGUGGAGCGUGUCACUGAUGUUCUCACCAUUUGAUGUCUUCUGUGAUCUAUUACUGUACAGACCACAGCAACAUGGAAUCUAAUAGCUUUAAAUGAUAAAAAAUAAAAAAUUGGUGAUGGUGACAUCAUCUGUGUCUGUCCUCCACUGAUUAGAUCUUAAGUGUAAACCAAUUAAAAAAAUAUGUGCAAAUUUAGCUUGUUAUACGCAGAAAAUAUUGUAGUAGUUGUAGGAAUAAAUGAGUUAAAAUAAUUUUUUGUGCUAUAUUAUCUCACUGUUUUAGUUUAUACUGAAACAACAACUCACCUCAGUGCAGCUGGUGACUAGUGGUGGAUAUUCACCUCGCUGUUACAAGGCCUACUAAAUAUCUACCACUAGCCACUUCCACUUCAGUGAACGGUCAUUAACUAUUGAAUGUAUAUCACCAGUUAGGAAACAGAGAAUUAUUUUAGAUAGUUAAUACCAAGUUAAUUGUCCUGGAAUUCUUGAAACAAAUGUAGAUGAGUAAAAGUUCAUAUAUCUAAAAUUAACCCUUUAACUUCCAGAAGUGAUUAAUAUGUAACUUCUCCCUGGAAUAUCCAUACUUUAUCCAAUGAAAAGGUAAUGAGAAUACUCAAACUUAUCAUGUAGAAGGUAUUGUGAUCUCACACCAACUUCUCCUUACUACUUUAGAAGAAAAUUUCUCACAGCUAGGGCGGAGAAUUUACAAGAAUUAAGCUAGUUGAGCAAUAUUUCACUUAGUAUACUAAUUAAGAUCAGCUGACAGAACAAUAAUGAAAUUUAAUUGGAUAUGAAGUUUUUAUUAGCCUUUUGUAUGAAUUACAGCUGAAAAUUUACUUUUGUUUUUUAUUUUUUGUCAUUUCUUUUUUCAUUUUCUUAAACAGGUCUUGAAACAUUCAGUCAAGUUGUUUAUCAAGAUCAAAUGGGAUUGGUGAGCAAUUACCUUUGCGGUCAUUUAUUUUUUAUUUAAUCUCUUGAUUUUCAAUCAUUUAACUCACUUCUACUUUUGAAUAUUGGCUGAAUGUCAAAAUAAGUUACAUUUCUUGCCAGUUUAAACUUAACAAAUGUGAAGAAAACAUCAAAGGUAAACAAAUCUAUAUACUAUUUUAAAAUAAAAUGUCAAAACAUAUUAAAUUCAUUUUUCCUUCUUUUUUCAUAGUAUUUGGCCAAUGGCUCAAAAAUAGUUGAUCAUCCAAGAUUUCAGCACAGAGGGUUCAUGAUUGACACCUCAAGGCACUACUUACAUCCAUCGAUCAUCCUCAAGUUUAUUGUGAGAAUUUUAUUAUAAUUGUUACUGAAAGAAAUUUUAAACAUAUGAAUUCAAUGUGUACUCUCUUCUGAUGUUUAAAGAAAUUUGUUUUGCAUGAAAUCAGGAACACUGGACCAUUCUGUAGAUGUCUGUAGAUGUCUUAAAUCUGAGAAUGUUUGUUUAUGGAUAACCUACCCAUGCCCAACCCCAUGAUAAUUUAUUAAUUUAUUUAACUACUUUCUAUUUUUUUUUAGGGGGUUGGGGUGGGAGACUGCUUAAUCCCAUUCUUUCCCCAUGAGCUUUUAAGUCAAUGAGGAACACUCAUGUCAUUCAACAAUGCAAAAUGUUCAAAAUAAUUCAACCACUCGUAAUCAAAUGAAAGAGGUAAAAUUUUUCCCUGUGGAAAUAAAAGUCUUAUAGAGAAGUUGGCAUACACUAAGAUUGAGUGGCCCAAUGUUUUGUAGUCCAAAUAGUUGCAGAAUGAGAAACAAGAUUUCAAGGCCAGACCAAGUGGUAGUGGUAAAUGUGUUGCACUCUUUCCUAAGCAUGGCUGUAGCUCUAAGGAUGCAAUUUCCACUCUGGGGUUUAAAUAUGAUUGGUGUCAGUUGACCUUAGAGGAGGAAAUUAAAAUCACUUCAUGUAACAGAUAGACUAGGGACCUAUAUACAAUACUGAAAAGUCACUUCAUUCUUCUGAAACACUUUGUAGAAGCUGGGUCUUUUCUGGAUAUUUCUAUGCAGUGGGUUUAUAGAAAUACCUCUGAACUUAUUCUCAGUUAAUGUCUGUAGCUUUUAAAGACACUGGUCUCAUUCACCUGUCCAAUGAUGUGUACAUGACUUUGCACAGUUUCCCUGUCAUUAUAGUCUUCUGAAGGUCUUUUGAAUUUUAGGAUGCAUUGUCAUACAGCAAGUUUAAUGUUCUUCAUUGGCAUGUUGUGGAUGAUCAAUCUUUUCCUUUUGUCAGUGAAACUUUUCCACAGCUAAGUGGGCAGGUAUAAAAAAUUUUUUGCUUAAUUAUUUAUGUAUUUAAAUUCCUUUCUUUUAUGAAUUUGGUUUUAUCAACUGAGUUGAUCAUGUAAAUUGGUCACUGUGAAGAGUUUUUAAAGCUUUAGAAACUCUUUUUGGUAGCCAUUACUAUAGCCAGAUUUAUCUUGUAAUGUUCCCCUCCUGCUGAUCCAGCACCAUAGAUUAUAAGUUUAUUUUUACUCUCUCUAUACUUUAAUUAUGGGCUUGUGAAGAAAUUCUCUUUCCAGCUUUGAAUUUCUUGAUUGCAUGUUGUGCUUCAUUUUUUAAGGGUGCAUACAACAAUAAAACUCACAUAUUCACAAAAGAUGAUGUAAAUGAUAUUGUGGAAUAUGGAAGGAUGCGUGGAAUCAGAGUUGUUCCAGAAUUUGAUACACCAGUGAGUACUCAAAUGGAAUUGUUUUAUGCCUCCUAUGCUUUGAUGGGUUAAAUACAAAUUUUUUACUGGCCAGUCAAUUCACAAAACAGUCGUAUAUUUAAGUCUGUCACAAAACCAGACAUGGAUAUUCUUCAGUUGUCAAGCCCCCCACUCUGCUCCUCACUGGAUUUGUUCUCAGUUUCCCCAAAAUCAACUCCUUUGCUGCACCUUUUAUAUAGCCAAUUGGUCUGCCUCCUGCCAGUUGGGUUUUUUAAACACUAUGUUUAUCAUACAGUGAUUCCAAUUUGUUUGUUUGGCCCUGAAAAGCCCUGUUAGGGGAGAGGUCAAUUAAGUACACACAAUUGUUGCCAUCAUUUAUUCUUGAUAAAAUCAGAUUCAGUUGCGAGGUUUGUAUUUUCCAUGUAGGGUCACACAAGAUCCUGGGGAAGCAUAGAAAACCUCUUAACACCUUGUUAUUCUGAAGGAAAACCAUCAGGGUAAGAAAAUAUAUUUACUCUUUUGUUUUUGUUAAUUGCUGCAGUGAUUCAUUAGCAUGGCUUAUUCUGUGUGUUGCCAUUUUAUUAGACCUGGCCUGCUUUUCUGGUUGUUUUGUGUGCACUUUAAAGCAGUGCGCAGGAAGCUAUGAACACAUGCAGCUAAAGCAUAAGAAGUUUAAAGUAGACGAUUGAGAUGAAUUAUUCAAGGCCCUGCUGCCAUCCAGCCCUCUACCCACCCCACCCCUCUUUAACCUUCUUCUCAUACUACUUUUCAACACUGCCCUUAAAUUCUAAGUUUUGGUAUGAUGAGCUGAAGUCUAGAUCUACACAUGUUUGUCAAUGAUCACCAGUAUAUGAGAAGGGAAGCUCUCCAAAAUGGACUCUCAGACUCUAUCUCUGUUAGUUAAAGGUAACCCUUUGAUUCUUCAGUGUGACUAGCAUCUAAUUUCUCCUCACAAUAUCACCCGUGAAUCACACAUUAAGGUCAUGGGAAUAAAGGAAAUGAUCACCAACUAAAGAAGUUUUUGAUUGUUUAACAAAUUCUCCUUGUCAGCACCUUAAGAAAUGUAUGGAGAACAGUAUGGAGAAUAUUCAUACUGAUGUUAGGGUCUGAAGGUUGAUUUUAUAUGUUCUCCAAUUUGCAGAACAUUUGGACCCAUAAACCCAACUCUGGACUCCACCUACACUUUCUUGAAGAAAUUCUUUUCAGAGGUUGCUGAAAAAUUUCCUGAUCAUUAUCUUCACUUGGGAGGAGAUGAAGUUAGGGACACCUGUUGGUAUGACAUCAUGAUGUUGCAACUUCGGCUCUUUACUACUGAUGAGCGGAACUUGACUGACGUCACUUGUUGAUGAAACCAAACAACUAAUCAGCUGAUCUGAGUUUCCCUUAUUUUUAUAAAUAGUUCUUUAGAAUGUCAAAUGGUGAAUACCGUGUGGGACUCAAUGAUCCUAUUGGUCGAUCUAACUAUCUCUUAGAAAGUUUCCCUGCUUGGUCACCUUGUAUAUCUAUAUUAUGAAGAUUCCUGAAAAUAACGUGUUCGUUUAAAAUCAGGGCGACCUUUCCUCUUUUACAAGGCAUUCCUUAUUGCCCAGAGCCACCAAACUCUAAGCACAAUCACACUCAUCGUUUUUUCCUCGUGACGAUUUUUUUGAUAUCUUUCCAGUGGAUAUUCGUACUCUAUAGUUAUAGCAGCAAAGUUGUGCAUUUGUUCGAUCCGGUCAGAUAGAUCAAUUGUUAAUUUAAUCUGAUAUUCUUAAAGUUUUAACUAGAGAUUAGAAAUAAGACAGUAACAUGUACACUGAUGAUUACAUUUUGUUUUACUGUUCUUUAUACUGAUGUCUAUUGUCAUUUGCUCACCAGGGCAAGUAAUCCGAACAUUACAACGUGGAUGAAGAAAAUGGGAUAUGGGCAAAACUAUUCGUUGCUUGAGCAGUAUUAUGAGCAACAGUAAGAACAAAUCUUGGGCGAGUUUUCCUUUUUUCUCUCCUUUUUUAGACUAUGACUUAACUUUAAUAGCUUUACGCAACAGUCCAUGAAUAUCGCUUGCUUGGAAAAAAAACUGAAGAAAGCUUACUUAUCCAUGUCAGUGACUGCUGAAGAUCAGAGCUUCAAUCGUGUUAAGUUAUACUAAAUCAUACUAGUAGAUGUGAAUGGCCAAUCAAAACGCUGUAAUAAGGCUCGUGUAUCGACCAGUCAGAACGCAGACAUGACUAGCAGCCCGCGAAAAUAUUGGCGCCACCGCAACCAAAAAGUAGGCGGUACAUUUUAAUAUUUUGGCGUUGAAAGACCCUGUACUUAACCACCUGAAACUGAGGUGAUCUUUCCUCCAAUUUUUAGCCUGCUGUCAAUUGUGGAGGGACUUGGUAAAAGUUAUAUUGUUUGGCAAGAAGUUGUGGAUAACGACAUCAAAGUACUCCCCGAUACUGUGGUGAAUGUUUGGAAAGCGGGCUGGAAAAAGGAAAUGGAAAAAGUUACAAGCAAGGGAUUGAGAACAAUUCUGUCGGCUUGUUGGUACCUGAACAGAAUACAAUAUAGAAUUGACUGGGAUAAGGUAUUUAGGAGCAAGAUCCCAAUUUUUCCUUUCCGGGUAACACAGCAGUCAAUCGUCGGGCAUGCGCAAAUUGAUCAGUUGUCGCUGACCGCGCGCCAAUUUUACGCUGAAGUUAGUUUAGGGAAAACGCCACGCGUACGCUUAAACGCUACGGUAAAUUUGAGUAGAGUUUCCAUUCCCCCUAAAAAUAGUAAUUCAGUUGCGGUUACUGAGAUUGGUUUUGAGCUUUAUCAAAAAUGUUAUAAGUUUUCAAAACACCAUUUGUAUAGCAGGUUCUCAACUUGGGUUACUUAUUUAUUACUCCUUGCUUAUUACAUAAUGUGGGAAGCCGCUUGAUUACGCCUUCAGCGUUUACACAUGCGUACUCGUUAGACUGCUAAGACGGUUUUCCACGGGUCCUCUUCCUCUUUUUCCCCCGGCGCGAGAGAAGGCGGCAAAAAACUUAAAACGUUUAAGUAUUUUCUACAGCAGUUCCAUGCAUACGUGCAUAUCUUUCCUGCAGGCGUGAAAAAGAAAGUGUCGAGGGCACUUGGCACUUAUGAUCUGUAUUUGACGUUGGAUUGGAGCGCAUUUGACUGUUUUCGUAAUUGCAAACUUGUUUAUUUAUCAUCUAUAUUAUCAGACGCAUGUGUUAUAAUAUAAUUAGCAAGUUGAAAAUCGAUAAGACAUUUUUGAGAGAAACUACUUUGUUAUAUCGGCGGGCGCGUUAGCAGUCAAAAACAACUUUUGAGGAAACUAGGUUUGGAAAUGAUUCAUAUUGGCGAUAUGAACCGUUGCAGGAAACAUUCUCCGUCACCAGUGUUUCUUUAUUCUGUUUCCUUUGUUUUGCUUGUUUGUUUGUUCGUGUUUUAUUGUGUUAAUUUUAAACUAUUUUCUGUGGAUUGUUUUUGUAGUACUACACCUGUGAACCAACAGACUUCACUGGUAAGAAAGAUGUUUAAACUUAAUUUAAGUUCAUUUUUAUGGGGGCGUGUUGUUCUUGUUUAUUUUCCUUUCUUUUAAACCGUUUUCUCGCAUUUAAGGAUACUUUUAGGGGGUCAAAUUAUGAUAUAAUUAAAUUUAAUAAUCAUAUUUUUGACUGGAUAUUAUUUUUCCAGGUACUGAAGAACAAAAAGAGUUAGUGAUAGGUGGCACUGGGUGUAUGUGGGGAGAGUACGUUGAUGGAACCAAUAUUCUCCCAAGAACAUGGUGAGUUUUAUCGUCUGACUUGCUAAAUUAACCACCAACAAAGUAUUUACAGACAUAUGUUAGAUCAUUAUUAGUAUCUGAGCAACUACGCGCCUACCCCUCCCUUAACCCAACAUCAACCCUAAGUUGUUAUUGGUUUACUGUUGUUGGUUUUGGGGAGGGGUAGGUGCGCACUUUUUCAAACACUGACAUUGAUCUCAUUUGUUUUUGUUGUUCAUAAAGUGUCGGCGUUUUUAGCCUUCACUUAUACAUUUUGAUUAGAUCACUCUCAAUUCAAACGGGAAAAAUGUUUUUAUGGUCUGAACAUUUGCACUCCUCUGGUUUUGAAUCAGAAUGAAAGCUCAAAUGGUUUUUGGACUUUAAGGCUCUUUUUUAUUUUGUUUUAAGCUUUUGUUGUUAUUUUCAUCAUUAGUAUUAUUACUUGGAAACAAUUUUAGUAUAAACCUUUAUCAUGCAUUGAUCGGUGUGACCUUGAUGGUUUUCGUGCUGCACAUCCCAGGCCCCGCGCUCUGGCAGUAGGAGAGAGACUGUGGAGUAGUAAGGAUACAACUGACUUAAAUGACGCUAAAAUGCGACUCUGGGAGCACAGGUGUCGUUACGUCAGGUACUGAUGACAUUACUUAAGUGGCAAGCUCUUAAAAUAUUUCCUAUUUUCAUCUCAGAAACGCACUCAACGCUAUUUUUUCUUUCUUUUUUUGCUUCUUUGGAAUCGGGAGACAUUCAUUCAGGCCUCAACCACACCUAUGCGUGUUUUCAAAGCAAAAUAUUUUCACCUACACAAGCGUUUUCGUUUUCCUCUUUACUGUCCAUAUUACUGUCAACAAAUAGGUCACACAAUAAUUGUUUGGAAGUGAGUUAAAAAGUCAGCGCCUAGAUCACGAGUCUGAGGUAACCGUUAGCUUCGACAUGAUUCACUCGACUUGGGUUGUGCGCAAAGCCAACGAGCUUGAUCCUGCACGAGAUACCGACUCUGAGUGAUGUAAUGAAGCGUGAAUAGAUUUUUCUCAUAACUAUCUUUCAUUCGCACGGUAUAGAUUACUUUUCUUUUUAUAUUCUUCCUUUAACACAGACGUGGAAUACCAGCAGAGCCUGGCACGAGGUCUCAGUAUUGCAGAUAUGAAUGGAGGGUUUAG